CAUUGAAGAACGACUCUGGCUUGUGAGGGGAAAAAAGUAUACGCGCAUUUCGAGUACAAUAUAUGUUCAUAGCAUUCAUAAGGGAAAAAGGGGUGCCAGGAAAGGGAGAAGCAGAGGUGGGGAGGGCGAGAAGAAGAAGAAGAAGAAGAAGAAGGGGUAGAAGAAGGAAGACGUUUUUGUCACAAUUCUCCUCCCUCUUGCAUCUCGGUUUCACGACGAAGGCGAUCCAUGGCGUCUAAGAUCGUGAAGUAGAACUAAUCCUUUUUCUUCGCUGGUUCUCAGAGGUAAUUUUUGUCUCUUUCCCCUAUUGUGUGUGAGAGAGUGGAUUUCUAGGGCGAAAAAUGUGGUGAUCGAAGAAGAAGAAGCGGGGAAAUAAAGAGGUUAAAGAGAAGGUUGGAGAGGGAGAGAGCGAGAGAGAAGAGAAAUAUAAGGAAUAAGGGAGGCCGUUGAUCUCUUGCAGCCAUGGCCGUGGUGGAGAACGCCGGCGUGGAUUUGGGGGUGAACGUCGGAUCGUCGUUGGCUGGCCGGAAUUUUGGUGACGAAGUGCCGGCUGACCGCUUCGAGGCAGCCGCCACGGAGCCGUCCCCAGCUAACGAUCACGAGCAGGCAAAGGCGAAGCAUUUCCCUAAUUUAGGCCAAGCAGGCGGAGGGCCGACGCAGGGGCACGGCCUGCUGAGAAAUGGUGACAUGAGGUUGAAGGUGCAGCAAAGGCCGUCACCGCCGGCCCCACUACCGCAGGCUCUCGGCAACCACAGAGCGCCGGUGGCGGCGAAGACGGAGAUGGUGCUGAAGAAUGGGAUUCACGGGUUGCAACAUGCGGCACUUGUGGGCGGGCAUCAGCACCGCGCAAAUGGCCACGACUUAUGCGAGAACGGGGAUGUUGAUGGCGGCGACGGCUUCAAGCGGGAUAUGAAGGAGCUUGUGGAUCUUCUGUCGAAGCUCAACCCAAUGGCAGAGGAGUUCGUUCCGGGCUCUGGCGCGCCUUUAGCGAACAAUUUUGUAUUGCAGAACAGCAACGGAAGCAAUGGAAACCUCAGAAGGAAGAGCAGUUAUAAUCAGGGGAAACGCAGAAUGAACAGUCGGACAAGUUUGGCUCAGAGGGAAGAGGUUAUCCGGAGGACGGUUUACGUUUCUGAUAUUGAUCUGCAGGUUACGGAAGAGCAGCUUGCCUCCCUCUUCAGCCAUUGUGGACAUAUUGUCGAUUGCCGAGUAUGUGGUGACCCAAAUUCAGUUCUUCGUUUUGCUUUUAUUGAGUUUUUUGAUGAAGAAGGUGCAAAAGCUGCUUUAAGCCUUGCAGGAACUGUGCUUGGAUUCUACCCAGUGAGGGUGCUUCCAUCGAAAACUGCAAUCGCACCUGUUAACCCGACUUUUCUGCCAAGGUCUGAAGAUGAGCGUGAGAUGUGUACAAGGACUAUUUAUUGUACAAAUAUUGAUAAAAAGGUUACCCAAGCAGAUGUUAAACUCUUUUUUGAAUCACUGUGUGGAGAGGUUUAUCGAUUAAGGUUGUUGGGAGAUUACCAUCACUCAACACGAAUUGCUUUCGUGGAGUUUGUGCAUGCUGAAAGUGCAAUUAGCGCACUGAACUGUAGUGGCGCCAUUUUGGGUUCCUUGCCUAUAAGGGUGAGCCCAUCUAAGACACCAGUGAGGCCUCGUGCUCCUCGGCCUCCAAUUCAUUGAAACCAGAUAGCUCUUUAGUGGUGGACACAAAUGUUAUGUAUUUGUGUAUCUCUGAGUUUUCCAUCAGGUCUAGCUGUUUCAUGGCAGUCCCUCCUCGUGGUGCCUUCAGUCUAGAUGUUCUUCAGCAGUUCUCUUUGCAUGAUGGACUUACUUCAGUCUUCAGUAGUGAGGUGAUAUCCUGGGGAUAAUUUGUCUUGCUAUCUGUAGAUUUUUGGUUGGAACUUCGAGGCUUUGGAGUUUAUCUCUCAGUAAACUUUAAGGUACAUGUUGCAGAUGUCCCAAGGACUGUCUGAACUUUAAAUUUCAAUGACUGAUAUCAUUUAGUGAAAGGACCAUCAUCUUGUGAAAGGACUAUGCAAAGGCUUCUUGACAGCAAAGGGCUUGUUGCUAGAAGUGCUCCAGGGGAUGAAAAUUGCUGUCAAACUAGUGUAGUUGCUGUUUUGGUGCCUUUGCUAAAGCCUUGUUGAACUAACAUGAUCUUGACCUUAUAAGCAGGUUAAUAUUCAUCAUAGACAUGAAAAAGGACGCUGUCACAAUGUGUAUUUUGUUUGC